GACUUCACCCAGGAAGCCCACAUUGCUGACAAGUUGCUGGCUCACUUCAAUCAGACGUGGAAGGACCGCCAGGUGUACUACCUGGCCCGGGAGAGGGCCAAGGUUCAGAAGGACUUGAUGACAAUCAUCAUAGAUAGCUAUGAUCAUGCAAAGUUGUCCCUGCCGAAAUGGCCAAAUGGACGUUGUCCAAAGCGAAGCAUCUAUGAGAACACCAGGCGCACCUAUUUGACUUUGACGGGAUGCGUUGUCCACGGUGUGGGCGUGUACUUGUAUCUCAGUGAUGAGGGUAUGCCCGGUGGUUCAAACUGGACUAUUGAAUGUGUGAUGAAGUCAAUUGAUCGCGCCUGGGCCAAGAUGCGUUCACUCAACCGAGAGCUGCCCCAGGAGUGCUUGUACAAGAAGCUCACCCCCUUGUUUUCCAAAUCUGGCCUGGAGUUUCACAUUGAGCAGAUAGAUACUGUAAGAAAUUGGAGCAAGAUGAUGCCAACAUCGGCAACGUUGAAGAAUGCAUAUCUCAGUCGCAAGACCGACGAAGAGAACAACAUGAAAGUUCCCCAGUCCUUUUCGUUCAUGUGUCGUGAAGACCUACCUGGACAAGGGCAUAACCUUCAGAUGGAUGAGAAUGUACCACGGCGCCUACGGAUGGGUGGUUCCUUGAAAGAUGUAUUUGCUAUGGUCAAGGGCUUCAUGUCUGACCAAGAGCUGAUUCAACCACCACUCUGUGUUUACCCUGAGUCCUUUCGAAGCAGCACAGAACAUUACUUCAACAGAGUGAACUGCACACAAGACAUCGUUGUACAGCACCUGGAACCUGACCGAAUUUCAGAGCUGGAAGCUCUGGCAACUAUGUUUUCUAAAGACUUUCCAUCAUUUGAUCGUGGCGUACGAUACUAUCGUAGUUUGGUAGACAUGGCUAAGCCAAGAAAACCUUUUGACCGCCUGGCUUUUGUAGAUGCGGGGCCUAUGAUUGGCCAGGGCCUUGCGCAAGUUCAGUUGCCUGCAAGACCACCAGCACCCAUGAACCAUUGGUUGCAGGUCACUUCCCAGAAGAACCUUGGACAACAUGUGGACGAAUGUCUAGGUGACCUGGACCUGAGGCUGAAGGUGCUCAACCGGCUGAUUGUGGAGAGAUGUGCUGACACGGACCCGAAGCCGACGCUAUCUUUGGUUCCACAAGCCAAUCUUGCUGAGUUCUGGCUACCCCUGUCUGCAUUUCAUCUUGGGGAAUCUGCAAAGAACGGCUGUGUCGGCUUUGUGACGAGCGAGAAGCAGUCUCCAAGUGCACUGGAUUUCCUUGGCGCCAUUGGCCAAGCUGUGGCGCUGGAGCGGCGACAGGGUCAGGGCAAACCAGGGGCUAGUCGGGCAUUGAAGGACCUAAUGUCCAAGUGCAUCACUGAUUUCAACAAGUUAGUCACUGUCAAAGCCCACCGGAUUGACACCCGACGCAAAUCCCUACUGUACAAUUUGCUUCGUGCCCCGCCCCAGCUGGGCAAUCUGUUGCAUGCGCACUAUGAUCAGUUCAAGCAUGAAGUUUCAGGGGUACCGCUGGAGCUUUUGCAACAAGACUACUGGGUGCCUGGUGUUGCAUCCCGGCAAGAGUGUGCCAAGUACCAUGGGAAGGCGGUGUUCCGUGAGAUCUUUCAAAGCUCGGGUCCAACAUGUUUGCUUUGGAUCACCCGCAUGAUUCAGGACUUUGAACGAAAGGUGCAGAAAGAGUCCACAAACAAGGCCAAGGUCAGCUCAGGGAGCCUUGACACUGACUUGGGAGCGGUUCUCAAGGCAGCUGAACCUUUCGACUGGGAAAGGAUCCCGUUCAUCUUGGAGAUUCGUGGAUCUUCCAUCGAAGACUUCAUUGUCCAAGCUCAAGAUCGCCAGAAAAAUGCAUAUGCAAAGUCGAUGGUAGCGGCUUUUCAGAGUUGGAUUGAGCAACUGCAGGCAGACCAGGUCACAUAUGAGAGCCAAAGGAUCAUGUCGGAGAAGGAAACUGCAAAGCGCCGGACAAAGCUGAUCGGUCAACUCGAGGAGCUGCAUAAGAGGGCCUGGGAUCUCGUGGGGAAUUUCAUUUCGGCCAACAUGCGGCUCUUUGCGGGGUUGGCUAAAGAGGCAGAAUCAACAGUGAUGCCCCCAUUGGCAACUUGGAUAGAAGAAACGUUCAAUGAUAUUCCCGAGUGCAAGUGCCAGGAUGAUCACGGCCUGGUCCUAUGGUGCAAUCUGCCAGGUUCUGGGGUGCUAUCCGUUCACCGCUACCAGUGGAUUAUUACUGCAGUUUCCAAUCUACUUGCCUCUUACCGCCGGAAUGGAAUCUGCAUUUUGGUCCAUCCCAACCGUGGACAGGUGGCUGAGAGGAAAAAGUGCAAGGAUGAAUCCGACGACGACGUCAAGGACGAGCCUGCCGAAACUGCUUGCAAGGAGGAUGAUGAGGCCGACGAUGAGGAACAUGACCCUGAUGCCCAAGGCAGCAGCAUGAACCAGGAGGAUGCUGACAUCAGGGACAUGAAGUACAAACUUGAGAAAGACCUGUCGUUGAAAGAGCGUAACCUUGUGCUUCGGAAUCUCACAUGGGUGUUCGACAAAGACACUGUGUAUGGACGCCGUGAGGGUGCGAUCACAGGCCUCGCAGUGCUGUAUCGCGAGAAGGCCAAUGGCUUCCGAUCGACACCUGGUUUCAAAGGUGCCGUUGUCCAUGAUGUGAAGAUGCUUCCCAGGGUGGCCGGAGGAACAGACUUCGUGAGAUCUACCCUGAAAGCCUUUGUCCCUGCCACCAUGCAAACAGUCAUGAUGAUUGACCUCUUGACCUAUGACGCCUUUCCAGCAUUGGCGGCGCUGGAGGAGGUGGCUGACGGCAAGCGCAUCAUGUGCGCCUCUGUGGUGCUGAAUGGUGACCCCGGAAUGCUGCAGAAUCGCAUUGCCAAUGCGGUUUAUGAUGCUUGCAGGGCAGGGAAUGCUGUGCUUCCAAACUUUCCCUCAUACGACCCGGUCAUCCAAUCUCUACGGGACAAUGGUCCAUCCACCAGUGAUGUGAACUACAAAGUGUGUGUGUUUCCAAGCCCAACUCCUUGGUGGUCCUUCAAAGUUUUGCAAAUCGAUGGAUUGAAUAUGAGGACACCAAGGAAGAUGCCAACCGACUUAUCAAGGAACACAAUGAAAAAUUCAACGCUGAUGGUGACUUCAUGGAAGAUGAUGAAAGGCCUGUCCAGCAGGAUGCAGGAGAACGGCCAACGAAGAAGAUCAAGUUGUCCGAUCUGA